GGAAGAGGAGCGAGGCGAUCGACGGAGGGGGAGAAGCGAAAGGGCAGUAUGUGAAGAUGAAGGGCAGGAACAGCAGCUCAGAGAUGGAGGGAGCGGGAGGAGUGGGAGGGCAGGAUGCGAAGACGAAGUGCAGGAAGAGCAGCGAGGAAAUGGAGGGAGGGGGAGGAGCGGGAAGGCAGGAUGCGAAGACGAAGGGCAGGAAGAGCAGCAAGCAGAUGGAGGGAGGGCGAGGAGCAGUAGAGAAGCGGGAGGGCAGGAUGCGAAGGAGACAGGAUGUGAAGACGAAGAGCGGGAAUAGCAGCGAGGACAUGGAGGGAGGACGAAGAGCAGGAAGAGCAGCGAGGACAUGCAAAGACGAAAACAGGAUGCGAAGAGCAACGAGGAGAUGGAGGGAUGGGGAGACGUGGGAGUGCGAAGAUGGGAGAAGCGGGAGGGCAGGAUGUGAAGACAAAGACAAGAUGCGAAGAGCAGUGAGGAGAUGGAAUGAGGGGAAGAAGCCAAAGGACCGGAUGAGAAGACGGAGACAGGAUGUGAAGACGAAGAGCAGGAAGAGCAACGAGCAGAUGGAGGCAGGGGGAGAAGAGGGAGGGCAGGAUUCAAAGACGAAGAGCAGGAAGAGCAGCAAGGAAAUGGAGGGAUCGGGAGAGGAGGAAGGGCAGAACGCGAAGACGAAGAGAUGAAGGGAGGGGGAAAGUGGGAGGGCAGGAUUCAAAGACGAAGAGCACGAAGGGCAGCGAUGGAUCCAGCGAGCAUGA